AUGAAUCCAUCUACAAAGAAGAGGCCCAAGAAUGGAGUGGUGUCCAAGAUGCAAGAUGAGAAACUGCAGGACAAGAUAAAUCAGCCUGUCAGCAAACUAAUUGAGCGGAACCGACUUAAAAUGGUAUUAAAAAACUUGUCCCUCUUGAAGUUACUCAAGAGUUCAAAUGACCGGAUCCGAGAACUGCACAGCCUGGCCAGAAGGUGCUGGAAUUCAAUAAUGAGAGUUCCAAAGAUCCUCCAAAUCUCCUCUGGGGACAACAACAUGAAGGUGAAACAGAAGAAUGAAGAGCUGCAGGACGUUCUGGCCCUGGUGAAGAAACCGGAAUCUAGGAAAGCAGAGCCCAUAGCGAAACCUAAUAAAAACACGUUAGAGGAGUGGAAGCCCACAAAAAGGUCAAAGGGGUCACGUGCAGCAGUGCCAUGGAGAAAAAAGCAGGCAAAGCCUAAAGUCCCCAAGAUAGCAAAGAAUCACGGCUUGCUUACCAGAGCCCAGAAGAGGAAACCACAUGUUAAGGAGCCCCGAAUUGUCUUCCUGAAGAUCUACAAUCACAGAACUCCCAAGAUGAACAUGAAACCACUGGAUGAAACUGACCAUUUGGUCUGGUUUGAGGGGCUUCCCACACGCAUCCACCCCCCGGGGCGCCGGAUCAUGUGCAGAUUGUCUGCCUUACGCCGCGUCAAGCGCCCCUGUACCCGGUUCUGCUCUGUGUCACUUUGA